AUGGCCAGGUCAUACGGCGGCAGGGUACUGGCCGCGAUGACCCUCCUGGGCAUCCCGGCGGCGAUCCUGGCGGCUCUGGGCGCGCAGCUGCUGUUCCAGCUGCAGGCUGGCCGCACGGACCUGAGGGGACCGCGCGCUGACGGGCUGGGCCUAGAGCUGGGUGCCGGCCCCGGGCUACCCGAGGACGCGGCUGGAGCUCUUCUGCCCCUGGCCGCCGCGCUGGCCUCGCUGGCCCUCGUGCUCGCGCUCACCUGCCUGCUGCUCGCCGUGCUGUGCGGCCACCUGGGCGCGGAGCUGGCGCGGGGGCCUGGCCCCGGCAGGUCUGACUGGUUUCUCUACGACUGCCGUCUCCUCAGACACUUGGCACUUGGCCUUUUCUGCUGCGGGGUCUCCGUCUACUUGGCAGCGCUGUCCAUCUAUGCCUUGCUGCUUUUCGAAAUCGAGACAGGAGCAGCAGCUGCCUCCAUCCUCGGUUCAGGCGCAGUAGUCCUGGUGGCUGUGCUGACCCACACUCUGCUCCGGGCCACCCGCGCCACCCGCCGUGGACUCCAUGAGUUGUCCACACCAUCCUUUGAAGACGACCUCACUCGCCCUGCUGAAGUCUCCAAGGCCAGCCCCAGAGCUCAACCCCAGCAGGGUAGUCAUCACCAGACCCCCUAUACAUUCUGCCCAGAUCCUGGGGAAUCCCUUGGACCUGUGGCCACUGCCACAGCACCUGCAGCCCUUGGGGGAGGCUGGGAAAGCAGGCUGCCCGCACCCCGGAUGCAUCGGACACUGUCAGCCAGCAUGGGGCACUGGGAUGGGGUUACCCAUGAGAUGCGUAGUAUGCUGGGCCACAGGCCAGGGGGUACAGGGAAGGAUUCCACACUGGUGUGA